AUGACUAACCCUGUAGACCACGAAGCCGUCCAGGCAGCUCAAGCACUGUGCAUGCUUGCGAUGGACACCCGCCAGCAAAGCGUGGACACCAACGAGACACAAGACGAAGACUGCAUCAUGACGCAUGCUCGCCCAGUGGUCCACAGCCCGGGUGUGCAGCAGAACAUUGUCCCAGACGAGACAGAGGACGAAGACUGUAUCAUCACGCAUGCUCGCCCGGUGGUCCACCGCCAUCACCCGUACCGGAGGCCUGAGCCACAGCGAGUCGGUGUCCCGGCCGCCCGCUCCGGGAUGAGCCCCAGCGCAGAGGCUGAGCGGAUGGCAAGAGAACGCGAGUACCUACACAGAGACAAGUGGAACGUCUUCCCGUUGGAACAGCACGAGAUGCAGCCUGGCGCCCCAGUCCCCGAGGUUCGUAGAGUAGUCCGCAACGGAGAGGUUGUCCUGGAGAAAGGCCCCCUGCCGCACACGCAGCCCUCUGUUGUGCCGCGCCCGACCCCUGUUGAGCAGCCGAUUCCUGCUCGCCGUCCUCUUCCUGGUCAGCAACCGCCUCCCGGUGUGCGGCCGUCUCCUUCACAACCGCCCACUCCCACUGAGGGUGAUGCGUCCCCCGAUGUAACUUAUAGCUUCAGGGCGCUCGCACUCCAGGCUCUCCUCGCCUCGCCCGAAGGCCGAUGGCUGUCCACGAGCGACAUUGCCGACUACAUUGAGGAGAAUUAUCCUCAAUUCCGCGAGGAAGUAGCUAGUCAAAAGUCUGUUAUGCGAGGCAACGCGAAGUCUGUGCUGUGGCGACUGCCUGCCUGGGCUCGCAAGGAGGUGGCCACGAUGGCGUGGAAUACCAAGCGGGGGUCUGCUCCUCCGCAGCCCUCUCACUCUGGGGCCCGGGGUCAGGCCCUCGUGAGCAUGCCAUACGCCCCCAAGUCGCUUAUGCUCCAAGCGCUUCUCGCCGUCCCCGAAGGCCGGUGGACACAUCUGACCGAAUUGGUCGGCUACCUAUUGACCCAGUACCCCCAGUAG